AUGCGACAAGCUAUCACCUCGCUUCUUGUCGCCUCCUUGGCUCUCGGCGCGCUUGCUUCACCCGUUGCUGAGCCCGCCAUUACCGCGGCUCCCAGUCUGGCGAAGAGAGCUACCUCGUGUACCUUUUCCGGUUCGACUGGUGCUGCGGCGGCGAGCAAGUCACAGACUGCUUGCUCGACGAUUAUCCUUUCCAAUGUUGCAGUUCCAUCCGGAACCACUCUGGAUCUGAGCAAACUUGCUGAUGACACCACGGUCAUCUUCGAGGGUCAAACCACCUGGGGCUACAAGGAAUGGUCGGGUCCUCUCCUCCAGAUCUCCGGCAAGGGUAUCACCGUCAAGGGCGCCAGCGGUGCCUAUCUCAACCCCGACGGUGCACGUUGGUGGGACGGCAAAGGUAGUAAUGGUGGCAAGACGAAGCCCAAGUUCUUCUACGCUCAUGAUCUCACCUCGUCUACCAUCACCGAUCUUCACAUCCAGAACACCCCUGUACAGGCUGUUAGUAUCAACGGCUGCAAUGGACUGACCGUCACUGGUAUGACUAUUGAUGACUCGGCUGGUGAUACUGAGGGUGGACACAACACCGAUGGAUUCGACAUUGGAAGCAGUACCAACGUGGUGAUUACCGGUGCGAACGUUUACAACCAAGACGAUUGUGUUGCUGUCAAUUCGGGAACCGAUAUCACUUUCAGUGGAGGUGUCUGUUCGGGGGGCCACGGCUUGUCCAUCGGCAGCGUUGGCGGUCGUUCCGAUAACACCGUCGACACGGUCACCUUUUCAAACAACGUGGUCAAGAACUCGGUGAAUGGAAUCCGAAUCAAGGCCACGGCAGGCGACACAGGCACUAUCAAGGGCGUCACCUAUUCAGGAAUCACCCUGCAGUCUAUUUCCAAGUACGGAAUUCUCAUCGAGCAAAACUACAACGGCGGCGACCUCCACGGUACUGCCACCAGUGGGAUCCCCAUCACCGGUCUCACCGUGAAGGAUGUCGCUGGUGCAGGAGCCGUCUCGUCCAGUGGUUACGACGUGGUUAUUACUUGCGGAUCGACUGCCAGUUGCCCCAACUGGACUUGGUCCAAUGUCGUCGUCACUGGUGGAAAGACCUAUGGCAGCUGCACGAAUGUUCCGAGUGUUACCAAGUGCUCUUAG